AUGUCGACUCAACCACUCCUACAAACCGCCCCAGGCAAGAGAAUUGCUCUACCGGUUAGAGUCGAACCAAAGGUCUACUUCGCCAACGAACGAACAUUCCUCUCAUGGCUAAACUUCACAGUAAUCCUCGGCGGUCUAGCCGUCGGUCUCCUCAACUUCGGCGACAAAGUCGGUCGUAUCUCCGCCGGUCUAUUCACCUUCAUCGCAAUGGGUACCAUGGUGUAUGCUCUAUUCACAUUCCAUUGGCGUGCUGCCGCGAUUAGGAAAAGAGGGAGUGGAAGUUUCGAUGAUCGUUUCGGACCGACGGUUUUGGCGGUUACGUUGUUGGCUGCUGUGGUUGUGAAUUUCAUUUUGAGGAUGGUGGAGCACUAG